UCGUGUGUGUCGUGUGCAAACCGCGGCAGUUUCCUAAUCAUGGCUGACCACCACGAUUUACCAUUCAAAGCUGAAUAUGCGAAGAGUGGCCGGUCAUCCUGUAAAGGAUGCAAGGGCUCAAUCGGUCAGGAUUCUCUCCGACUGGCUAUCAUGAUACAGUCACCCCACUUUGAUGGAAAGGUCCCAAACUGGUUCCACUAUGCCUGUUUCUGGAAACGUUCAAGAGUUGAAAAUCCAGACGAUAUCCAUGGAUUUCAUUCUCUCCGUUGGGACGACCAGCAGAAGAUUAAAGACAAAGUUGCUGGUGGAGCAGGUGCAGCUGGGGAUAAUGUUGUGCCAGGGUCCGGCUACAAUGACUUCACAACCGAGUAUGCCAAGUCAGGUCGCAGCACGUGUCGAGGAUGUGAAAGCAAGAUAGACAAGGAUUCUAUCCGAAUAUCCAAGAAGGACUACAACAGUCAGCGUGCCAAGAUGUAUGGCCCACAAGAUCUGUGGUAUCAUAGCGAGUGUUUCAAAGAGAACAGAGAAGAUCUUGGCUUUGGCAAUGACCUCAAUGUUGAAAAGAUAUUAGGCUUUGGGAAGUUGAAGAAAGAAGACAAAGAAGAACUGAUUGAAUUGAUUGGGAAGGGAGACCCAAAAGCGCAAAAGAGGAAAGCUGAAGAAGAUAAGGAAAAAGGCAAGAAGAAAGCAAAGAAAGAAGAAACAGAAGAAGAAAAGAACCUGAGGGAACAAAGUCAGCUGAUCUGGAAUAUCAGAGACCAGCUGUCGAAGAAUGUUUCCAAUGAGGCGAUGAGGCUUCUCCUGGAGUUGAACAGCCAGAAAAUACCUUCUGGGGAGAGCAAGCUUAUGGACGCUGUGGCUGAUGUGAUGACGUUUGGGUCCUUGGAGCCCUGUACCGAGUGCUCAGAGGGGCAGCUGGUGUACUCGAGUGAAGGCUACAAGUGUACAGGGAACAUGACUGAGUGGACAAAGUGUAUGAAUAUUACAAAGACGCCAAAGAGGAAGCCAUUCAAAGUGCCUAAGGAAUUUCAUGAUGUUGACUUUUUAAAGAAGUACAAGUAUGUGAAGCGUGUCCGCGUGUUCCCAACAGUGACCGUUCGGUCAACUGAGGGGCCAGUCAGUUCAUCAAUGGACACUGUAGAUGGAAGCAGUGCAAGCAGUAGUGGAUUGACACAGUCCUUGGAGAACAUGAGGUUCGUGAUCGCUGGAAAGACAGGCAAAUCCAAAGCAGCCCUCAGCAAGGAAAUCUCUAGUAUGGGAGGAACUGUUGUGGGCAAAGUGGAUAAAACUGUGGCAGCUGUCAUCAGCACGAAGGAUGAAGUGGAUAAAAAGAGCAAAAGCAUCAAGGAUGCUCAAAAAUCUGAUGUACAUGUUGUUGCUGAAAGCUUCUUGGAAGAAGUCAAGAAAGGUGGGGCUGCCCUGAUGAUCCAGAAGCACAGUAUAGCCACGUGGGGAGCUGAUCCGGUUGAUAGAAUCGCUGAACCAGAGAUGCGUGUGAAGAAGAGUAUGGCCAAGAGUGGCAUGAGUGCCAAGGAUGAGGCGAUGUACACCAAAAGUGUUCCGGCCAAGUUGAAGAUGAAGGUGAAAGGUGGAGCUGCAGUGGAUCCUGACACAGGGCUGGAGGACUCUGCCCAUGUGAUUGACGAGAAGGAAGAUGUGUACAGUGCUGUUCUGGGAUUGGUGGAUAUUGUCAGGGGAACUAACUCCUUCUACAAGAUCCAGGCUCUUGAAGGAGACAAAGGCUCAAGAUGGUGGAUAUUCCGAGCAUGGGGCCGUGUUGGGACAACAAUAGGAGGGAACAAGCUGGAGAAAUGUGGGUCACGAAAUAAGGCUAUUGAGAGUUUCAAAGCUUUGUACGCAGAGAAAACAAAUAACAGCUUUGAUGACCGCAAAAAUUUCCAGAAAUUCCCCAACAAAUUUUAUCCCUUGGAUAUUGACUAUGGCCAGGAGGAAGAUGCUGUGAAAUCCAUAGACAGAAGUUCCUCCAAGUCCAAAUUGCCCAAAGAAGUUCAGGAUCUCAUCUGCCUCAUCUUUGAUGUGGAGAGCAUGAAGAAGGCCAUGAUGGAAUUCGAGAUUGAUUUGAAGAAAAUGCCACUGGGAAAAUUAUCAAAACGACAGAUUGAAUCUGCAUACAAAGUGCUAUCAGAAUUACAAAAGUUGACAGAGAAGAGUGGAACACCGACUCAGUUCCUGGAUGCUUCCAACAGGUUUUACACCCUAAUCCCACAUGACUUUGGCAUGAAGAAACCACCGCUUCUUGACACCGCAGCAGUCAUCAAGACAAAGACGGAGAUGUUGGACAACUUGUUGGAGAUAGAGGUGGCCUACAGCAUGCUGAAGGGAGGAGACGAGGGAGAAGACCCCAUUGAUGCACACUACAAGAAGCUCAAAUGUGACAUGAAGCCCUUGGAUAAGAGCAAUGAGAUGUUCAAGAGAUUGGCAGAAUACACAGCCAACACCCAUGCUGCCACACACAACCAGUAUGACCUGGAGGUCCAAGACAUAUUUGAAGUUGAUCGUGAAGGAGAGUACAAUCGUUACCGCCCAUUUGAGGACCUGCACAAUAAACAGCUGCUGUGGCACGGUUCCAGGACGACCAACUUUGCUGGCAUUCUCUCACAGGGUCUCAGAAUAGCUCCUCCAGAGGCUCCAGUGACUGGUUACAUGUUUGGGAAGGGUAUCUACUUUGCUGAUAUGGUGUCCAAGUCCGCCAACUAUUGUCGUACGUCAAAGAACGAUCCCACGGGUAUUCUGCUGCUGUGUGAGGUUGCUCUUGGCAACAUGCAUGAACUGACUGGUGCAAGCUACAUCGAUAAGCUACCCAAGGGCAAGCACAGUACCAAAGGUAUUGGCAUGACAGCUCCUGAUCCCAAGGGCUCCUACACAACUCCUAAAGGCGUGGAGAUUCCCAUGGGCAAGGGAUGUAAUGCAGACAUCAAAUAUUCAAGUCUGCUCUACAAUGAAUUCAUUGUGUAUGACAUAGCCCAGGUUAACAUCAAGUACCUGCUGAAGUUGAAGUUCAACUACAAGUGGUGAAACACUUGUGACACCUGCCAUUUGUAUGGUGUCACAAUGUGUUUUGGGAUCACUAUGCAUAUACGUAGCUUGAACACAUUCACCUGGACACCCAUGAUGAGAAACUGAGAAUUGACAAUGUGGUUUUUGCACCUCCUGUGUUCCUUACCUGUCUGCGAUUAGCUGAUUGUGUUCUUGCUUGAGAGCUGUCUGAUUAUGUCUGUGCACAAGUAUGAAUGUUGGUUUGUCCAAACAGUUCCAUGCUUAAAAUGACUGACUGAAUUAGACAAAACCAAGAUGCCUGGAAGCAGCGUCAGUUCUGUUUAAUACAGCUUCAGUAUUGUUUAAUGCUGCUUCUAUGACAAAGGAUUUCUUUGUGUUUUUAACAUCGAACUUGUUUGUUUUGUAGUUAUUUUUCAUGUAUUGUUUUACUCAAAAACAGAUGUUUUCUUGACAAGAGAAUGUAUCUGAUGUUGUGAUAAACCACCGAACAGAAUAAAGCACUUGCAUGUAUUUGACAUACUCUUGACAAAGCAAUGCAUGUCAUGCUGCUAUUUAGUGCAAGGGGCACGAGAGGCACAGUUGCUGAACAAAGUGGCAUCUCUUGUGCAUGCCAAAUCACUGGGCUGAAUUCCCAUUUGUUUUUCAAUCUGUCAGCAUGUAGGUUUCACUGAUGUGGCAAUGUCUGUAGUGAUUAUCACUUUCCUCCUGCAAAAAACUCACCUUUUUGAUGGGGCGGUGGGGUAGCCUAGUGGUUAAAGCGUUCGCGUGUCACGCCGAAGACCUGGGUUCGAUUACCCACAUGGGUACAAUGUGUGAACCCCAUUUCUGGUGUUUCCCCGCCGUGAUAUUGCUGGAAUGUUGCUAAAAGCGGCGUAAAACCGAACUCCCUCACAUUCCGUGAUACAACAGAAGUACUUAAAGCUGCUCGUUCCCAUGUUUGGUACAAAGUAGUUGUUGUUGACUUAAAAUUAUGAUUUAACCUUGCCAGAUUGAUUUCUUGUUAAGCCUGUUUGAUGACCAAAAUGUCUGAAUGGAUAUUUUCUGCCAACAGAGAACGAUUUGUCAUAUAAACAGGCAUACACAAAUCUUGGCAAAUAUGAUUCAUGUCAAGCCUCUGAAAAUGUUGAAAUCACGCUGUGACAUUUGUCUUGUCUCAAGCAAUUGGAGCUGUGGGGUAGCCUAGUAGUUAAAGAGUUCCCUUGUCAUUUCUGGUGUUCCCCACCGUGAUAUUGCUGGAAUAUUGCUUAAAGCGGCAUAAAACUAAACUCACUCACUCACUCAAGCAGUCAUGUUGUGUGAUUGUCUUUAUGUAAUUUUGCAGUGUACACAAAACUGUUUUAGUUUGGUGAAAGGUGUAAACACACUUGCUGUAGAUGUAUUGUGAACCAUUUUGUUAAUAUGAAUCAUACUAGUCUGCAUUGGUGGUCCUCUUGUCUCAGUUGCUGCUUUUCUCUGUGCAGAGUUGUCCCGUGAGCAUGUCAGAAAUAUGUGAUUGUGGGUUUGAAUCCUAGCUUUCCCUAGUAAUGUUUCUCGGUUUUCCUGCACCAAACUCAUGUUCAUAGGUUUCUCUGUAGUAAUAAGCAAGACCUGUAUCCAUUCCUACUUGAAACUUAGUGACUUUUUAGUUAAAAACACAAGUAUGUUUUGAUGAUGAUGUUGGCUGGCUGUGAAAACUCAGGGAUGCCAGCCAAGAUGUGUUUUAUGCACCCAGACAGAACCCUUAUUGUUAUAGUUAAGUGAAAUAUUUUGUGCCUCGAGUUCAUGAUUUGCAAUAUGAUGAAGUAUGUGUUAAUUGCUGUAUCUACAGGAGUUAAAGUUUAAUAGUGUAAGCCACUGUGGCUCACAGUAUCAUUUUCUUAAUCAUUGUUUCAGAUUCAAUUAUUUACAGACCUCAGUCGUGUAGCUGGGAUAAUGCUGAAUGAGGCCUAAAAAACAAACAUACACCACUGACAUGAUGACACGUUCUAUACCUAUAUCACAUGGCAUGAAUAUGUUUGUGAUAUAUUUGUGUGGCAGUCCAGAUCUGUCUUGUGAUGGCAAAUGUUAUGUUGAUUGAUCCCUGUACAUGACAGCCUAAUUGUUCUUGCACAAGGAAGCAAUUGGCCAACUUGAUGACUUGUCUCUGUUCAUGCACAAGGAAGCAAUUGGUCAACCUGAUGACUUGUCUCUGUUCUUGUACAAGGAAGCAAUUGUCCAACCUGAUGACUUGUCUUGGUUCAUGCACAAGGAAGCAAUUGUCCAACCUGAUGACUUGUCUUGGUUCUUGCUCAAGGAAGCAGUUGGCCAAUCUGAUGACUUGUCUUGGUUCUUGCUCAAGGAAGCAAUUGGCCAAUCUGAUGACUUGUCUUGGUUCUAGCUCAAGGAAGCAAUUGGCCAACCUGAUAACUUGUCUUGGUUCUUGUACAAGGAAGCAAUUGGCCGACCUGAUAACUUGUCUUGGUUCUAUCUCAAGGAAGCAAUUGGCCAAUCUGAUGACUUGUCUUGGUUCUUGUACAAGGAAGCAAUUGGCCAACCUGAUAACUUGUCUUGGUUCUUGUACAAGGAAGCAAUUGGCCAAUCUGAUGACUUGUCUUGGUUGAUGCACAAGGAAGCAAUUGGCCAACCUGAUGACUUGUCUUGGUUGAUGCACAAGGAAGCAAUUGGCCAACCUGAUGACUUGUCUCUGUUCUUGGACAAGGAAGCAAUUGGCCAACCCGAUGACUUGUCUCUGUUCUUGGACAAGGAAGCAAUUGGCCAACCGAUGACUUGUCUUGGUUCUUGUACAAGGAAGCAAUUGGCCAAUCUGAUGACUUGUCUUGGUUCUUGCUCAAGGAAGCAAUUGGCCAAUCUGAUGACUUGUCUUGGUUCAUGUAAGUAACUGGACGAUCGGAUGUCUGGAUCAGGAGUGUAUGACAUUGUCAUACUUCAGUGUCUUGUUAGUAAUGAACAAGUUUUACUCUUGACUGAUUUCUUUGUUUGAUGAAUAAUGCUUAGAUUAAGGAACUAAGAUUGUCAUUUAACGAAUCAACAUGUUUAUUUGUCAUUGACAAAUAUUGAUACCUUAGUCUUGAGGCAUUUUCCUUCUAUGCCAUGUUUGAACAAAUAAAUAUGUGAAAAACU